AUGGAAGGCAACAAAGACGAGCCUGCCGCAGGCCAGCAUAGCAGCGGAGACCAAGAGGAGCUGCGACGACAACAGGCUCACUUGAACUUCAGUGCUUCACACCAGGCUCGACAGGCUGCUCGCCAUCAAGCGAGCAACAAUGGCGGCGAGGGCGAUGUGGGCAAUGAUGACGAGGCGAGACACAACGAGGAAAGCGCUGCCCUUUUCAACGAGACUUUCACUGCAGAUACUCAAGACAUCACCAACACCCUAGACCGCCUCGUGGCUGAAAGUAAGCAACGGCCAUCGCAAACAGCAGCGGGUACCGGCCUCGCCGGAGCUAGGCAUGCCCACGGCGAAGCCAAAGCUCUACCAGGAAAAGGACAUAGUGACACUUCUGCAGCACCGGCGGUUGAUGGCGAGAGCGGUGUUCGCGAAGAGCUGGAUGUUUUGGUGGACCGGGUGAAGGGGCUGCGGAAGCGAACCGCCGAGGCUACCCUGUUUUUGACUGUCUACGACCUCCGCAGGGCACAGGAGGAGGUCGGUCGGCUGUGGGCUAGCGUGGAGUCCACGCGGGCCGAGCUCGCACCGAGAAAGAGGUUCGCCUUUCGAAGCAAGGCCAAGGCUAAGGGGAGAGACGCGCGGAGAGGGGGCGGUGGGAUUCCGGCACGGGAAGAGGGCCUAGCCAGGAAAAGGGUAGACGAGACGGGUGGCGGAGAAAAGGAAGCGGAGGGCGGACCGGGGAUACGCGGGAUGAAAGGGCGGGAGGUGGAUGUCUCGGCAGAAGACGCCGACAAGGACAAGGACUUUAACGUCGCCGACCUCGACGACUGCAAGGUCACCAUCUUGCACGUGCUUGGGGCUCUGAGGCUUCGCCGCCUGACGUCAUGCAGAGUGGUGUGUGGGCCCGUGCGUGGGCCGAUCUACGUGGAGGGGUGCAGAAACUGCGUCAUUGUCACGGCGGGGAGGCAGCUGAGGAUACACGAAAGCCGACACGUCGACUUCUACGUGCUCGUGGCCAGCGGCCCCAUCAUCGAGGACUGCAGCGGCCUCCGCUUCGCCCCGGCAGGGCUGCGGUACCCGGAGUACCAGCACCAUCUACAGGCAGCCGGUUUGGAAGAGGAUGCGGUUACCAACGCCUGGGCAGACGUGAAGGACUUCAAGUGGCAUCGUGCACAGCAGUCUCCCAACUGGACGGUUAUCCCGGACUCGGAGAGGGAAAGCGAUUCUCUUGCGAUGGCGGCGCCGAAGUAG